UGUAUAAUGAUCAUUCCAACAUCGAGCAGUACUAGUUUUUGAACAAGUUGUAAGGUACUUAUAAUGAAUAUCAAGUUAUUGGUAUUAUAAUGAUCACAGGCGUCCUCUAGGGAACUACUACUACUACCAUGUUGUUUGCUUGGAAUAAUGAUAAUCUGUUUCUGGUGUUUGUGAAUAGGAAUAGAAUGAAGAUGACGAUGAAGAUGUUGGACUCGCGACUAAGACUAUCAAUUGAUGAGUGAGUUGUACUUAAUUGAAUACAAGAACUAAUAGUACUAGAGAACGAAAAGGGGAAGAUUAUUUUUUGAGAAAUAGAUACGGCUUUGCGAUGUAAAAAACUGAAAGGAGUGCUCGUAGUGGAAAUUGCUGCUUAUCUUGAGAUGGAUUCAUCAGUUCAGAAAACUUCAAUGUCAAAAAUGAAUGUACUAAAGUGUAACUACCAGCACAAGAGGGGAAAAGAAGAGCCACGACUAAUGCUGCGCGUCGCCAAAGAAACUACAACGGCUCUGGGGCUCAAAAAAACGGCAAAAGAAGUGGAAAGAGUCACCAAAGAAAAGUCGCUUCCCAUGUACUUAUUAUGACAUGGACUCUUCACUCUAAGGCUAGUUGA